UGUUUUCUGCUUAUGAUGUCAACGGAUGUUAUUAUUUUUUAUAAUAACAUCAAGUACAACGACCAAGACCAUAAUACCAGAGAUUUUUACACGAAGGAAUGCAUUGCAUAUGCAUAAACGUAGCAUCAAAUAAUCGUGUAAUGUCAGUAAUGUGUACUAGGAGGAGUAUAAUUAAUAUAAUCAAACAUCAAUGAAAAGAAAAUAUGUAGUCAGUUUUUAUUAACAGCUGCCCGGAUUCAGCUGACGUGGUAAAGUUACGUGUUAUUUCAAAAUAAAGGAAAUCCGUACUAUUUUAAUUAAGAUAAAUGUGAUUUGAGAAAAUGCCUCAAGCUCAAACGGAUCAAUAUCCACCAUGGGUGGGCUUAGUGUAUGUUUUCAACCUGAUUGUGGGCACAGGUGCCCUGACGUUGCCUGCCGCAUUUGCAGCAGCAGGAUGGCUAUUCAGUAUGUUCCUUAUGAUGUUUCUUGCAUUUGUGAGUUUCAUUACUGUAACAUUUGUGAUUGAAAGCAUGGCUUGCGCUAAUGCUACUAUAAAGUGGAGACAAUUGAGAACACAUAAAAUUGAUGAAAGUGAAGUUCCAGUGGAUUCCGACUCGGAAGAAGAAAACAUAACAACCGAAGAAACUGCUAUUUUGCAGCAAAAUAGCAGACGGUUUUGCCGAUUUUAUAAUUUAAGCACAAAAGUAGAGUUGGGUGAAAUAGCAGCAUUAUAUUUGACUGAAAUAGGUCAUACCCUUUUUUUCUCAUCUUUAUGUAUCUACUUAUUCGGUGAUUUAGCUAUUUACGCUGUUGCAUCAGGUAAAACCUUAGUCAAUUUGAGCUGUAAUGAAGAUAACAGCACUGAAGAUUAUGACGUAAGAUGUUGGGAAUCUUCAGAUAUUACUAGAAUGGAUAUGUAUAGAAUAUACGUCACACUUUUUGCUUUACUUGUUGGUCCGUUUACUUAUUUCAACGUACAAAAAACCAAAUAUCUCCAGUUAUUUACAAUCAGUAUUAGAUGGUUCGCAUUUGCAAUCAUGGUGUCCCUAGCGGCAAUCAGAUUGAUCAAUCACGGUCCCCAAGGUCACCCCAAAAUGAUCAAUUUGAAAGAAGUACCUGCUUUAGCAGGCUCCAGUGUAUAUAGCUUCAUGUGUCACCAUUCAUUACCAGGCUUGAUAGCUCCGAUUUCGAAUAAACACCACUUAAUGCCAAAACUCAGCGUUGAUUUUUUACUCAUUUUUUCAUUUUAUCUUUUACUCGCGAUGACAGGGUCCUUCGCAUUCGAGUCUUUGGAUGACUUGUACUCUCUCAAUUUCAUUCACAUGACGAAUUCAACGUUCUUUGGAAAAAUAAUCGGGUUCUUUUUAGGAGCAUUCCCUUUGUUUCCCAUGUCGACAAGUUUUCCUAUUAUUGCUAUAACUUUACAAAGUAACUUAAAGAACCUUAUGUUAGAUCAAAGCUCUGAUACCGCGCGAUACAAUUUUUUUAUAAACCACUUAGUAUUUCCAACAAUGGCCGUACUACCACCUGUUGUUGUAGCUUUAUCAACGCACAACAUAAAAUAUUUAGUGGAGAUAACAGGCACUUAUGCUGGGGUGAUAGUACAAUAUGUUGUCCCUGCUGUCUUAGUACUUUAUGCGAGGAAACAGUGCGCUAGAGACUUCGGUCCCAUUAAGCACAAAUAUUCUAGCCCCUUCAGAAAUUCCUUGUGGAUCAUGUUUGUCAUAGCGUGGUCGAUAAUUUGUAUAAUUUUUGUCACUGUCGAUUUUAUGCUAAACAAAUAGAGCAAUUCAAUAUAUUAUCUUUAUAGAACUUUAUUUUUUUAUGGAUUCUAUUAUUUAUACAAAAUAAAAAUAAAUAUUUCUUAUAACA